GGGACGAGCGGAUCGCGAUUUUGCAACAUGGCGGUGAAGUGAGGGCGAAGUCGCGGGUGCUGUGCCAUCGGAAAAUGUAUCUUUCCUAGUCGCUCGUAGUAGCGAUCCUGUCGUUACCUCGCAGUCACGCGCGACAGUGGAGAUACGUGUUCAAGUGCCCGGUAUCGGUCGUGUACCGGCUGCGUUAGCGCGUGUAAAUAUGAAGGGGACGGCCGGCAGCGCGACGACGAAGGUGACACCCCGCGGCAUCGUGCGCCGCUCGAGCACGUAUGGCAGGGACUAGGGCUCGCGAUAAGGGAGUCCCAUUUUUAUCCGAGCAAGAGCGAGCCGCGGCAGCCGCCGAAACAGGAGCAGCGAUUAGCGACGCGAUGUUGUGGCCAGCUCUGCCGAACUGUGAGAACAUAUACACAAAAGAUAAAAGCUCUAUCAAUCACUGUGAUUUCUGAUCGUACAUGCGUGCCAAACACGAAGAUAUAAGAGGGCGUUAAAAAAGGAUCCAAUGGUUUCCUGACAUGAUGGAAAGCAAAUUAUAUGUGAAGAAUGAUUCGGGACUUGAGGGGCAAUCGCUCACGAAUGCACAGCCUAAUCCGCUCGAGGACGGCGGCGGAAUAAGAAUCUGCUUCGUCUGCGGCGCCGUGGGCCACAGCGAGCAACAUUGGUUACGAGUGAAACCAAGUACAGGUGGUUCACCCAAUGAGCCCUAUUUUCCGUUUCUUGAAUCACAUGAGCCGCCAAAUGGCUAUCGCGGCGAUGGUGUUAGAAGCGGUGCUGUUAAGGCCUGCAAUCUAUGUUACAUUCUGCUGUUACAACAGUGGGAGAGCUAUGAACGAGAAGCUAGACCUCACAGUCAGCGAAUUUAUUGGUUGAAGAGAUGUGACGGUGGGCCAUUCACAGGAGCAGAAAUGGCACUUCAGGGCGAGUACGCUGCCCAAGUCCUGGGCUUGACGAACGAUCAGACGCCACAACUCAGACAGGAAAGUCGACCGGUUGGCGUCUCACCUCGAUUACCACCCUCGCCCUCGCCGAGAAUCGAGCAGACUAGACCGCCAUCGAAUUCGAUUGUCGAGGUGUCAAGGCCGCAUUCUAACACGGCAGAACAUAGGCACUUGGAACAAGCAAGACUCACAAUGGAAUCUCCCCACCACAGAUUGCAAUCACCUCAUCAAAGGUUACAGAGCCCGCGACAGCCCGUGGAAGACGCUAGAAUAUCCAAUGAGGCGGCAUUGGAUCUAAGACACGCACCUAGAAGCUCACCUGCGCCACAACCCACCUUACCACCGCCUGCAGCUAUCUACAGCGGUGGAUCAUCAUCUAGUGUCGGCACGGACAUCCUGGAUCUAUCGAUGCCAGACAAAAACUCGGUCACAGAAGUCUGUUAUGUAUGCGGGGACGAAUUCAAGAGAGGAUCUCUCAGUCAUAUCGCUGCGAAGCCACUGCCAACUCCACCGCAUCCUGCUUCCAGUCCACCGCCAUUUUUUCCAUCAUUGAUGCUUCAUCCUAGACCGAGCAGAAGUCGACCCAUGGACAGUGCUGGACGAGUACAGGCCUGCUCAGCGUGUCAGAAUCAUCUUUUAAUACAGUGGAAAGCAUAUACACGGCAAGGAGUACCGCAUAGUGAUAGAAAUUAUACCCUUCGGAAGCGGCAAGCACCUACAAUGGAUACAACCACAUUUAUUUGCUACACUUGCGCUCUUGAGUACCCUUCAUCCAGUAUUAGACUUCUGUAUUGCUGUCCUAAUCCAGAGAAGGAGGUGUACUUCCCUUUUAUUUAUUCUCUGAGACCUCCGUCAGGAGCUAGUCCUAUUAGUCCUCAGGGAAUGGUGCAGGUUUGCUCCAUUUGUUACAAAGCUAUCCCGCAAAAGCAGCAAGUGUUUGGCGGAGAAAAUAACGAGGCACAGCCAGCCGGACAAAAUGUAGAUUUCCGUCAACAAGGUCCUUCGCCACGGCCUGCUGUUCCAAAAUCUCCAGCCAAUUUAGCUGGUAACGAUAUUCGCUUUAAGCCAUACGACUUAAACAAGUCAACGGUUGCUACAAAUAAGCAACGAAGCAGUACCUCCGUGAAAGCUCCCACGCCUGGGCAACGAAAUUCACCUAGCAACGGUCCUGCAGAAAAUGGAACUGUUGCGCUUGGCCAAAAUUAUAGGUGCUAUAUUUGUGAAAGAUUAUAUCCUCGUACUCAUAUGGAAUGGUUAUCUACGAGUCCGGAGGGAAUGAAUUCACAUGCUAUGCAUUUUCCUUGCUUACGAGGAAUGGCACGUACGUCUGAAAACGCUUGCAUGGAUAGUCAUGGAAGAGUAUUGGCGUGUAGUCACUGCGUAAAUCAUCUUGCGCAACAGUGGGAAAGCAUGGAUGCUGAACGGGUUCCCUUAGAACGUCGCAGGUAUGAUAUUCCUAGUCCACAUCCAAACGGUGAUGUGAAUCGAUCAAUUGCUACCCCACCGAGCUCCAGUUCGGAUCGAACGUUCGGAAGCAAUCCAGGCACAUCAAGCAGCUCGAUUUAUUGUUUCUUAUGCGGUUUACACAGUGAUUUAACUUUAGCAAGAGUCUUAUAUGGCCGUCCUCAGGGUCGAAACGCGCCAUUUUUCCCGGAACUGUUGCGCCACCAGUCACCACCGAACGCCGAACAGCUCCGUGAGGACGGCUCCGCCCUGGUCUGCACGUUUUGUUAUCAUUCAUUGUUGGCGCAAUGGCGUCAGCAUGAAUCUCUCUCCGGUGGUCAGCAAGUGAACGCCGCCGAGCGCCAAUAUAACACCCAUGAUUAUUGCUGUUAUGUUUGCGGCAUUGUAACGUACAGGAAACGGGUACGAGCGCUGCCAGUAAAGGACUUUCCGUUUCUGAGGUAUCACAGGCAACCAGAGAAAAGCCUACUGUUAGAAAACGGCGAUUUUGCGGUGGUGUGCUUGGAUUGCUACGAGACCUUGCGUACGCAGAGUCUCGAGUACGAAAGAUGGGGCCUGCCUGUUGAGAAACGAGAAUACAAUUGGAUUGUGCAACCUCCACCGCCUGAGGACAGUCCUGAUGCGGCCAUAGCCAGAUUACCGUCGGGCGAAAGGUCCGAGAAAGUGGUUCCACCGACAUUAACUGUGAGGCCAGCGCGAAAGAAUUGUUCACCAAAGGCACCCGAAAAGAAGGUACCUGCAAAAAUUCCGGAGAAGGAACAAGGUCUACAGCCCGUCAGCACCAAAGUUCAGCCAACCUCGAUUGGCAAGUCCCACCGACCCAGUUCCGGCGUACUACCUCAGGGUCACACCCCGGGACCUGGACCGGGCGGGCAGCAAAAUAGCAGGAGCUUCGCCGCUGCCUUGAGGAACCUGGCCAAGCAGGCAGGUCCGGCACCUCAAGAAGAGGAACCGCGUGCCAGCCCGAAGAACCGGGCGCCACCGCCUUUGGUCAGAGGUCCUUCCCCUGCUAAGGAGCGAUCGACGCACGAACGAAGACCUGAAGAGAUUCCCUCCUUGUACACAACUGCCAGACCUGUUGAAACCAGCAAACACAGCGUAACUGCCGCGGCUACCGAAUUGCUGGCUCGUUCCGGUUUUCAGCCGUACCGGCCCGAACACCAUCCAGCCCAUCCACCGGCAUUCGCCUUGGAUCCCGCGACCUAUAGCGCCUACCAUCCCAGUCUUUAUCCACCACCGCACCUGCCGCACGCUUAUAGGUUAGAGGAACAGUUGUACUUGGAGCGAUGUGGAAUGAUAAGACCACCGUUGUUUCCCGGACUGCCAUCGUAUCCUCUGUACGGAUUGAGAUACAGUCCCGACAUGCUUCCUCCGCCGCCCGCUUCCCUGGGCCUUAUGCCUCCCGCGAUACACGAACGACUGAAGCUGGAGGAGGAGCAUAGGCUACGGCAAGCACGGGAGCAGGCUGCGUUGCGGGAGGAGGAGGAAAGGAGAAGAGCAGUGAGAAAUUCUGCUCCCGCUGCCCCGGUACCCGCGCCUGCCCCUGCAUCCGCCGAUACUGCAGCUAGGAAGCCGCCCAUAGCGAUUCAGUUGCAUAGCGACCGGGAUCGAGAACGCGACGGGAGAGAACGACAGAGCGGUAGCGGCGGUGGCGGUGGUAACAACAGCGGUGGCAACGCUAACAACAUCUGUGGGAACAACACUAGCAACUCUGGUAACUGUAGCAGCAACAUUAGCGGAUCUACCGUUAUUAUUGGUAGCAAUCAUCAUCAAUCCCGAAAAGAGGAGCAUCAGUCCUCUGUUCCGCCAGCUGCACCACCGCCACCGCCUUCCGAUUCAACAGUAGCAGCGGCAGUCACCAUCUACCAUCCCCGUCUGGCACCUUUUCCCAAUCCAGUACCCAUUGGACCGACCUUAGGCUCCACUUCUAUAUGCUCCGUUAGCUCUGCGCCCAUUCCACCCCCUUUGGGUUCUACUUUGCCCCCUUUGAACCUUGGGCCGCCACCACCGGCGGUUAUAAACUCGACGCCGAUCUGUCCAACACCGAUACCCGCUAUUCCAUCCUUGACGGCUGGUGUAAUAGGACCACCGCCACCUUCGUUGUCCUUAGGUAUGUCCCUUCCAUCUAUCAUCUCCAUUCCCUCUUUACAUUUACCCUCCAUGUCGUCGAAUACCAUUUAUUCUAGUCAGCACACAGCCACGAUAAUGAGCAGUGCGACCACCACGGUCAACAGUUCCAUUUACCACCAACAACAGCAGCAACAUCAACAACCCCCGUUACAACAACAGCAACAGCAACAACAUCAACCACGUGCGAAUAGUACAAGCAGUACAACGACUACGAGUUCUUUGUCCGGUGCGAUGACUACGCACACGACGCCAACGCCGCCAAACAGUUCCUCGUCGACAUUGAACGCCAUGAAUCACAUGGCUCAUAAGUCCCCGCCAUUGUCUCACAAUGUUCAUGUGCCUAGAAAUAAGGAACCGCCAAUAGCCACGACGACAGCAGGAACAAUGCCUACAACUGCGACAUUGACUACUACGACGAGCACCACGACAACGUCGCAGCCGGUUUUCGUCAGGCCGUUUGAGGAUUCGUUCCGCUCCUCCUCAACGAAGACACAACAGAGACAACCGAUAAUAAACAGUCACAAUCAUAGUAUAGCCAAUCAGAUCGGCCAUCACGAGCCAUCAUCCUUGAAGACUUCGUCAAUGACGCCAAUUGUUUCUCAACCUGUAGGUAGUCAAGUGGUGCAAGAGAAUUCCUCGACGAUAGACAACAAGUCCAUAAGCAGCCAACAAGUGCUUUCCCAACCGAUUCCUUAUCCACCACCUCAACAGUACCAUCAUCCUCCUAUACCCGUUUCGCACGUGCCAAGUGUCACCAAACCGCCACACUUUUCGACGUCGUCAUCAUCGUCGUCGUCGUCGUCGUUAUCUCAUCAGCAGCAUCAUUCUCAAUCCAAACUCAAUGUACCAACGAUAAACAUCAGCAACAGUAGUCAUAGUAGUAGCAGCGGCACAAGCACCAUCAAUUCAACUAAUUCAAAUAUCACAAAGCAGCAGAAUGCGCAUCACAUUGCCGAAUCUCAUCAAACGACAACCACGACGAUCUCACGAAACGAUAGCUUGACCAACAACUGCGUCUCUAGUGAGAAGACAAUGACCAAUAGCGUCAUUUUCAACGCUAAUAAUCAAGUCAACAGCGGUGGUAAGAUUGCAAAUCAUACAAACGCGCAUCAUAAAAGCAACUCGGAUAUCGCACCGAAGGACAACAAGCUGAACGCAUGCAACGAAAAGACCGUAAGCGAAAAUAUAAUCAGGCAGCCACAAUUGUCGAAUCAGAAUCACGUCGCAACGAAUUUAGUUCAGGAGAAAACCGCAAUUCCACAUCUGCCUUGUGAACAGCAGGGAAAGAAUUUGAAAUCCUUUCACCCGGUGAAUCAUAACGUUGCUGAGAAGGAAUGCGAGAAGAAAAAUGAAAUUGAUUGUACUUCGCAAUGCGAUCAGAAUAACGUCUUGUCCACAUUACCGUUUCAACCGAGCUUUAAGUUUAGCAUAAACGAUAUUGCACAGAAGCCCAUGGACACGACACAGCUGAUGCAAAGCAUCCAAUCUGAGGAAGUGUUGCGCACUUGUCAGAAUGUCUCCAAUGUGCUCUUGCAGAUCCCGAAGUAUCAGGAAAAACUCUUGAACUUCUCGACAAGCAACAACGAGUUGAAGACGACCGCGUUUUGCAUUACCGACAAGUGCAAUAAUUUGACUGAGAUUUCCGUGAGGUGCGAACCAGCGGUACUGAACGUGCCUGACCUCAGUAAAGCUUUGAGUAAGCAAGAUGUCACCAGCAACGAAAAAUCCUUCUUGAUGCCUGAAAUACCGAAGGAAAUAUCGACCCUUGAUUUAGCCGAGAAGAGGCGUAAGCGAAGGAGGGAAAAGAACACAGGCGUCAUAUGUAGCUCCGACUCGGAGGGCGAGGAGGAAACCAAAGACAUGGAUUUUUGGAUCACGAAAGGUCCACCGGCUAAAUUACAAUUUUCGGAAGACAAAUUAGCCUUCCUAGCCAUAUUUGGACUGACUACACUAACUAUUAAGAAUGACAUAGAAUUGUCCAAGGUCGAAAAAAGAUACAGAAUAAAUCCCGAUCCACCGGAAGUACCUUUGGAAGUAGAACCUAUGAUAGAGUCUGUCUUACCGAUUCCGCGUGAGCAUCCGGACUGUUUGCUUCACACGCCAGAUUUCGAGCCAAAAGUUGGAUUUCUCAGGAAUAUAGGUCUCGAUAUUAUGCCUCCGAAAAAAAGAGAUGAGGCAGAAGUGACAUGGCAGCACGUUCUGGCAGAUCGUAAGAAACGGAAAAGCGUGAAUUCCGUUACUGCCUACUGUGAAAAUAGAGCCAAAGUUUAUUCUAGGAAUCCUCCAGCUUUACCAAAACUUCCGAAAAUGCGUCUUUUAGACAAAGUUAAAGCGAAACAUAUUCCGGAACGACCAUCACCGCUACCACCUUUAGUUCCUGGUGAGAAUGGUGUGAAGCAAUAUUAUAAAACUACAGACAUCAAUGAGAGUACAGACAUCAACGAGACUACAGACAUCAAUGAGAAUACAAACACUGAUGAAAUACGUGAGAAAAUAAAAAAGCCGAGAUGGACUGGAAUCGUGGAUGUUAUGUUUGCCUACAGCGAGUAUUUGAAAGAAAAGAAAUUGGAGAGGAAAAUUCUGACAAGCGAAACAUCAAAAUUGAUGACACAGUCCAAUAACUUGCGUUCCGAGACUGCUCUAUUAGAACGGAAAAUCUACGAUCUCCUGUGCGCCAGAACAGCACUUGAUUCCGAGAGGCGAAAGCUCAGCGACAAAAUUGAGAGGAUCAAGGCACUUGUUAGAAACCUUAGAUAGCGUUGCGUAACGCACAACACGGAAACUCAUUCAUCUGUGAUAUUAUCAGCGGGUUAAGGGCCGUUAGCGUGUAUAUGCAUUGCUAAUAAACGUAACAUUUAGAUAAGUAAUGGUUAAGGACAAACUCUUGAGUGACCAAAUGUACAGCGAUCGUUCGUAUUAUUUUGCAUACUUUAUUAUAUAGUAUAAUACGCCCCUUUUUUGCCGUCGACGAUCGAUCGUGUCGAGAAAACGGAAAUCUUCGGCUCUUAGCUAGUGCAUAAGAAACAGCGAUCGCGUCCGGCUUGAACACGUUACCGCACUAAUUAAUAGAUAUUUUUCGCGCGCAUUGUUUAACAUCGGCGAGCGUGCCGAUUUUUAAUUAUAAACGCGGAGUCAUAUCAACCGUACCUUCAAGGAUAUGUAUAAAGCUCUAAUUGUACAAAUCGAAUUGUAACCCAUCCGUGGAAAGACAGUUUUUACACCACGAAUAAAAGGACGAAGGCUUUCUAGUUUCACAACUAACGGCUCUUACACUCCAAGCAUAAAUAAUUGUAAUUUGUAUCAUAUUUUAAUGAGAAAAAAAUAGACAAAUCGUGUAACUUAUUUUAUUCUGCGUAAUGUGGACUUUAACGUCGAGUACUUGGGGGGAAAUAAAACAAUGAUAUAUCAUGCAGUUUGUAUGUCGACCGAUUGAUAAAGUGAUAAGAGGACAUUUGUAAUAAGAUCGAAAGGUGUGGCACCGACUAUAUCGGACUGACAGUGUCGAGAAAUCGCUCGCAUACAACAAAUACUACGUCCUUAUUUGUACGUUUAGCACAGUAGCGCGUGUGGUGAAACGGAUUUAAUGGAUUGGAAUUGAAAUCGUGUAAUCGUCGAAUAUUGCGAGCACCGCGCCUACGGAUAUGAGGAGGAAAAAAAUUCGGACGAUAGGACGUUUUACGCGAGUUUUACGUUUUGAUUCAAACCAACAUUAUAACGACACGGGAACUCUAGUCUACCGACAUGCCCAGGUUAUAUGGGAAAAAAAGAUCGCGCGUCGAUACGUGUAAGAUCAGAGUAUUGAGCAGUCCUUCCUUUCGAAUGUGUCCACGCCGUUCACCGUAACGAAUAUGAAGGCCAGUGAAGAUACGAGGAGGAGCGUUAUUAACGUAUAACAACACUGCGGUACUUAGAUAAUGCGACUUAAUUUUUAAAGGAAAAAAAAAAGGAAAAAAUAAAGAUAAUCGUGAGACUUCGCGCGGAGCACAUUCCACAUAAGAGAAAAUGCUUGUUGCCCGACCAACAUUCCAACACGUCAUUUCACCGCGACAAUCGGAUCUUGGGACUCGAUGCAAGUCGAGUGGCGAACGAAAUUUGAAGAGAAAAAAAAACAAAGAAGCCGAUCGCACUGUUGGUUUUUCUUUUCUGCCGCGUCUAUGUCGCGUAAUUGCGCUCUAUCUUUCGCACUUUGGUAUCCUUAAAACUUGUCUCCCGCUCUCUGCUCUCCGAGCGCAUCAUAUCUCAUCGAUAUAAAAGUCGCACAUCGUAAAAGAAACACCAUCUGCCCAUACGGUGUGCGCGACAAAGCUACCAUUUAUAGUUUCGCCGUUCUGUUCAUUGAGUGCCUAACAUUUCUCCCUACAUUUGUAUAUACCAUUAUUUUUAUGUAUUAUGUAAUUAACAAAGGGGGGACCGCGAGUGCGCGCCGGUCUCAGUCUCAACUGGCCAGAACAAGAGCCUAGGAGUAAAUUGUUGAAAAUAUGAA